AUGUCCGUCCUUGAUAUGAUGUCCAUGACAUACAUGUUCUGCUCGAUGAUUUCUCAUACCACGUUUGUCGUGCGAGGGAGUAUUGAUGUAACUUGGGAAGCGAUAGUUGGUGUUCUAGAUGUUUUGGCACAUGGGAUAGGUUUUGCUAUUCAUUUCGUGUUUUGUUUUGAGAUGGGACCUCAAGCGCAUAUGUGUGGAGAUGACAAAAAGAUCAGAAAGUUGCGCAACCACCGAAAAAGGAUCAAUUUUUCUGACGGCAUGAUGUUCACUUUACUGAACGGAACGCCAGAGAGAGAUAGAGAGAUGGAACUCAGAUUGGGUGUAGGCCUGAAACGCAAGAUCCUCUCCGUUUUUUUCUUUCUUUUCUGUGUAUUAUUCUGUUUUGGCUUUCUUGGCAGGGCAAGAGUUUUUGUGUUGUUGAAUUGCAAUGUCGGUGACACCAAUAAGGACGAAGAUGGCUCCAAAGAAAUUAGUCAUGUGUCCUGCUCUUGCUAUUUGAUUUUGUGAUGAAUACUUCACGAUUAAGAUGAUCUAGAUCAAUCUUAUGUUUUUUUUUUCUGGGUUGAACGCUCUAGUUCAAUUCACCAUCUCCAACGAAACUCUUUGAAUUUUAGGUUUUGUUUUCAGGAAUCAAAAUGUGAAUGUGUGCUUUUCGUAAAAAAAAAAAACAAAUGUGAAUGUGUGUGUAGGAAUCUGAACGCUUAAUUUUCUCAGCUUAAUGACUUUCGUUUUUUGAAUUUAUAAUGGAGUUUAAAAUUGCUGCUUUAAGUGUUUUAGGAAAAAAAUUUGAUAUAAGAUACU